GAAGGCUGCCAGUGCAGGCAUCUUCAGGCAUAAAAUCAUACUUCAGGAAGGACGCAUGCAAACCUGUGCUGGUCUAACACUUCAGUCAGGCAACUCACUAUCUGGUUCUCUGUGCUUUGCCCUUCUGUUUAACCCAUUGAGUAGCCUACGCACGUAGAAUUCGAACAAUGCCGAAGAAACUGAGUAUCAACACGAAAGCGGAAGAAGCGCGAGAGCGCAAGGAGACUCAAAAGAAGGAGAAGUCUUCAAAAGAGCAGAAAGAGAAAGAGGAUCAGGUAUGGGAGGAGGCUGCCGGCCCAAAGAAAAAGAGCCAGAAGAAAAAGGAGGAAGAUGAGGCAAGGAAGGCGGAGGCAGCUGCAAAGAAACUGGAGGCAAAGAAACUGGCCGCCGAGGAGGAGAAGGAGGUAGAAAAGUCACUGAAAAAGCCAAACCCGAAGGCGAACCGGGUGGGUGGGGCGGGGCAGAAGAUAACUGCGGCUGAGCUUUUACGGCAAAAGGAGCAGGAUGCAAAGGAACUGGAAAAGAAAGCGGGGAAGAAGGAGCGCGUUGUGGCGGAAUAUGAGUACGAGAACCUGGUCAAUGAACCGAACUUGAACAAGAUAGAGACGGUGGUCGAUGCCCGGAAUAUAGACGAGGCGCUGCAGCAACUAGAUUUGGGGGGGCCGUCGGGGACGCCGGAUAAGCAUCCGGAAAAGCGUUUGAAGGCGGCUUAUAAGGCUUUCGAAGAAGCAGAACUGCCCCAACUACGAGCGGAGAAGCCAGGUCUUACUCAGUCCCAGUACAAAGAGGCCCUUUGGAAACUAUGGAAGAAGAGCCCUGAUAAUCCGCUCAAUCAACAAUAGCACGUCAAGGGCAGCGGCUAGCUAUGACGCAGUGACGUCGUCUUUCCAAGGCUCAGGUCUUCAAGUUAACGUGGUAUGGGCGACCACGUACACAUCCAGGCUUGGAAGCAAUCGACAGCCUCACUACUUCGUGAUCAUUGCGUUUUGAAAGGAUCAUGCAUUUUCAUGAGAACGUACUUUGAGGGGGCCGUCAAACCGUCUGGUGCCGAUGCUUGAUUUACUAGGUAUACGGCAGUUGGGAUUUGGCCACGCAGGGCAGCACAUGCCAUUUAUUUUUCAUUAUAUACAUGAUUACGUCCAUG